CCCCCCUUGUGUCAAUGCUCAGUGAGGGGUGUUGCAGUAUUACUAGCUAGCUAGCUACUAUCCAGAGCUGUAUAGGUCCUAGAGCUAGCUAUCCCUAUAAUCAUAGUCUCCCUGGAUCCCUCUGGUUGUGUGUAAGGGAUGGCAACUGUUCAGAUUGCUACACUCUUGUGUCUAACUCUGCUGCACUCGACACAGGCCUGUGAUAACCUGGAUGGGGAAGGAUCUAAUAUUGACCUGAGUGCCACAUGCUACAAUAAUGGCUCAGUUGUGUAUUCGUGGCAGUUUGUUCAUGAAGCUGAUUUGUUGGGCAGUCCAGAGAUCAGUUACACUUGCACCACUCAACAAGGCAAUACAAGUUCUGUGCAGUUGAUACGGGACGUCAGUGUUGGUGUCACCACUAUAACUGUACCCUCUUGGAGCACUGGGUCCAGUUGUGUGUUUGAGGGAUGCUAUGUGUACAGCAAGACAAGUGCAGGUUUCCCUACUCUGGCCAUACCAGCAGCUACCUGCAGCAGCGGGCCAAUCCUCACCUCACAGCUCUCCACUCUCACCUCACAGCCUGCCCCCACUCACACUAGGAGCAGCGUACCGAUGUCCUCUAUAAGUGAUGGCACUCAACCACCAGCUACAACUCAACCAAUAGCAACAACUCCAAUAGCUACUGGGGACGCUGAAUUUGUGGUGAUAUUUGUACCAGUGGUGGUUGCUGGAGUGUUUGUGCUAACUGUGCUCAUGGUGACUCUGUUACUUCACAUGUUGUAUUGGAAGCAUCAAGGCUCCUACCAGGUUGAUAAGGACAAGAUCAACAAUUACAUUGCAAACCAGCCCUAUGACGACACUCUGCCAGAGCCUGAAGGAUUUACUGUAAAUCAUGAGCAGUUAAUGCUACAGCAAUCUCCCUCUGUGUACAGUGUUCUCCUGUUAGACCAGCCACUCCACACAGAGGUACACUCUGAGAGUGAACAGGAGGAGGUGAUGUCGAGUGGUGGUGGAUAUGUGCGAUGUGAUCUGUUCUUAGCGGAAGACAUUGCCCAUCAUCUUAAUGACAGUCUGCCAUACAACACUGGUAUAGGUAGCGACCUCCCACCAUACAACACUGGUGCAGGUGGUAAGGACUGUAUUAGCCCCACGUUCAGUGAUCGCAGUGGAUAUGUUGACUUCUGUCCCCCAUAGCUAGCCACACCCCUUUCCUAUUGUUAGGCUGUUUAUCACUUCAUUGUCACCAUCAGUUAUUGUGUCGUUGUGCACUAUAAAUUUGUUAAUUUUGAUA